CGGCGGCGAAUCAAAUCGACGGUGACUUCUUCACACUCACAUUUCUCUCUCUCCGCCGCCUGUUUUUGUAUGUGUUUUGGUGAUCACUUUUGAAACUUUGCUCCGAUAACUUCAACAAUAAUUCGCCGGAUUUCGUUUCUUGCGAUGAAUUGCGAUAGAAUCAGCGAAUUGCCAGAUUCUUUGCUAACUCAAAUACUCUCAUACCUUCCAACCAAAGAUUCCGUUAAGACUAGCGUUUUAUCUAAAAGAUGGGAAUUUCUCUGGCUUAGGGUUCCUGUUCUUGACUUAAAAGUCAGCAAUUUCCCUGAAGAAAACUACGCGAGCUUUAUCGACAAUUUUCUCGAGUUUAAUCGAAAUUCACGAAUGCGAAAAUUCAAGUUGAAGUAUGAUGAAUACACUUAUGAUGAUGAUCGGUUGGCGGGGUGGGUUGUAACAACGGUUGAUCGCGGAAUUCAGCAUUUGGAUGCUAAUGGUUUUGAGACUGAUAUGUGUGUAAGAGAGUUCAUGCCUCAAAACAUAUAUAAGAGCAAUACAUUAGUGUCGUUGGUGCUUGUAACCGUAGGAAUCGAGAAUCCCGAGUUCGUUGUUUCUUUACCGUCUCUUAAGAAAAUGCAUUUAGAAGAUGUUUGGUAUUGGGAUGAUCCUUUGGUCAUUGAGAAGGUUAUCUCAGGUUGUCCUGUUCUUGAAGAUCUUGUAUUGAUUAGGGCUAUUGAUUUUUGUGUUCUAGAUGAUCUGCGGUUUCUUAAGGUGAGGUCUAAGAGUCUUAAAAGCUUUCGUCUUGCGUUUGAGUAUAGUAUGGCUGGUACAUAUUUUUCGGUUGAGGUUGAUGCUCCUAGACUCGAGUAUUUGAAUUUUAAUGAUAACCAAUCUGAUAUGAUUGUAGUCAAGAACCUAAAUUCUUUAUCGAUGAUCGAUAUUGAUACUGAAUUUAAUGUUAAGUUUGGCGGCAGUCCUUUGGAACCGGAGGAUUUACGCAAGAGAGAUAUUAUCCGUGAUUUUUUAACCGGGAUAUCUUGUAUAAGAGAUAUGAUCAUCUCUCAGCGUACUUUAGAGGUCCUCUAUCUAUAUUCCAAAUUGGGACCGAUUCCCAAAUUCGAUAACUUGUACCGUUUACAAGCUGCGUUUUCUAGAUCCAUGUUCCAGUUGUUGCUUGUCUUUCUUGAGAGCUGCCCCAAUCUGGAAAACCUCAUCUUGGACUUUGCUGUUUCAACGGAGCCUGAGCAAGAUGGACUUACCUAUGUCCCUCAGUGUUUGUUAUCGACUCUGGAGUGUGUUGAGAUUAGAGAAUUGAUUAUGGGAGAAGAAACCGGGAAGAAAUUAGUGAGCUAUUUUCUCAAGAAUUCAGUAGUUCUCCAGAAACUCAUUGUGCGUUUCAAGGAUUCUUCGAUAGCAACCCAAGAUUCAGAUAUCUUCAAGGAGCUUCGUACUUUCACAAAGCGUUCUCGCAGCUGUGAGGUCAUCAUUCAUUGACAAUGUUUAGAAGAUCAGUGUAGUGAUAUUUUGUUAUGAAAAAUUGCAAUUAGGCCUAGCAUUUUCCAGACAUUGGUGUGGAUAAUAUUAACUGU